AUGAAGUUUCAUAUUGAUAAAUGCAAGUCUGCUUCCACACCUCUGGUUGUGAAUGAAAAAUCAUCAAAGGAUGAUGGUGAUAAUAGUACAAAUGCUUCUAUUCAUAUAAGUAUAAUUAGAAGUUUUUUGUAUCUUUCAGCGAUCAGACCUAAUAUAACGUUUGCUGCUAGUUUACUUUUCAGGUUCAUGCAUUCUCCAAUUCAAGUUCAUCUUGUUGCAACUAAGAGAGUUUUGAGGUACAUAAACGGUACUACUGAUUAUGGUUUGUAUUUUCUGAAAAAUGAAGUGGAUACCUUCAAGGAUAUGUGGUUAGUGACUGGGAUGAAAGUGUAG